UACUCGAUGAUUCAAGAUCGGCGGUCUGGUCUACCAACAUGAAGGCCAUCACCUCCUCUUCCAUAGUUGGUGUCAUCCUCGACACUGGCAACCUUGUCCUAGCAGACGCAUCCAACACCUCUAUCAUCAUGUGGCAAAGCUUUGACCAUUUCGGAAACACGUGGCUCCCUGGUGGCAAGCUUGGCCGAGGCAAGCUCAUCGGCGGCAGCACACGUCUAGUCGCCUGGAAGACUUUCAGUGACCCAGCUCCAGGGUUGUUCUCCGUUGUACUAGAUCCAAAUGGCACAAGCCAGUUCUUUCUCAUGUGGAAUAGUACCCAGCAAUAUACGACCAGUGGCAACUGGAUUGGCGACAGUUUCUCCAACAUGCCGGAGAUGGCACCCACCAAUGGCUAUCCCAACUCGAUGUACACAUUCUACUAUGUCGAUGGUGCAAGCGAGAGCUACUGUGUAUAUGAUGUCAAGGGCGACGAGCUCACCACUAGACUCGUCGUGGAUGCGACAGGGCGUAUUAAUGUCCUCACGUGGACGGAGAGCGCCAAGAAAUGGAUCUUGUACUGGUCGGCGCCCAAGAAGCAGUGCGAAGUUUACAUGUCAUGUGGGUCGUUUAGUAUCUGCACUGGCAAUGCAUUAGCAUCUUGUAGCUGCCUUCGUGGUUUUAGUGAACAAUACCAAGGGCAGUGGUUACAGGGUGAUCAUACUCAAGGCUGCAAAAGAAAUGCUGCCCUUCAGGGCAGCAACAACAGUUCACGGAGUGACAAGUUCUACACUGUGGUCGAUGUGGAAUUACCAAGUAACGAACAUAACUUUGUCGCAGAAGGGAGUACUCAAAACUGUGAGCUUGCGUGUCUAAGCAGUCAUGACUGCACCGCUUAUUCCUUUAGCAGCAGCUGCUCACUUUGGUAUGGGGACCUUAUCAACAUACAAGCUUUGAGUAGUGAUGCUAUUGGUACUAAAGGUGGUUCUAUUCAAAUUCGUUUGGCUGCAUCCGAGUUCUCUGAUAGAAAGUACACUAGGAAAUUGGCCAUCAUAAUCACCGUUGCUACUAUCAGUGUUGCAUUAGCAGUUGUUGCUUUAGCUUUCGUGGCGAUGAAGAGGUUUACGGAGGUUCUUCUAGUUGAGGGUUCACUGAUGGCAUUCAGAUACCAGGCUGUGCAAAAUCUGACCAAAAACUUCUCCAAUAAGCUUGGCGGUGGAGCCUUCGGUUCAGUGUACAAAGGGUCAGUAGCCGAAGGAACCAUGGUGGCCGUGAAGAAGUUGGAAGGAUUUCGUCAAGGCGAGAAGCAGUUCCGUGCGGAGGUGAGCACACUUGGAACCGUACGACAUGUCAACUUAAUUCGACUGCUCGGUUUUUGUUCAGAGAGAUCGCACAGGCUACUCAUCUACGAGUACAUGCCAAACGCAUCACUGGACCGGUACCUCUUACAGAGAACCCAACAACCAUUGCUAAGCUGGAGCACGAGGUACCAGAUUGCACUGGGAGUCGCUAGAGGAUUACACUAUCUCCACGAGAGAUGCAGGGACUGCAUUAUUCACUAUGAUAUCAAACCUGAAAACAUACUUCUCAGUGACACCUUUGUGCCGAAGGUUGCAGACUUCGGCCUCGCGAAGCUCGUGGGACGCGACUUCAGCCGUGUCUUGACGACGGUGAGGGGAACCCUAGGAUACCUUGCGCCAGAGUGGAUAGCCGGCACGGCUAUCACGACCAAGGCGGAUGUUUAUAGCUAUGGCAUGAUGUUGUUCGAGAUUGUGUCGUGCACGAGGAACGUGAGGCAGCGGCAUGACAACACAGUGGAUUUCUUUCCGUUGAUGGCCGCGAUGAAGCUAAGUGAAGGGGAGCUGCAAGACCUCUUUGAUACACAGCUGGGCUGCAACGUUGACGCAGCUGAGGUGGAGAGAGCUUGCAAGGUCGCCUGCUGGUGCAUCCAGGACGAAGAGGGCGCUAGGCCAUCCAUGGCAACAGUCGUGCAGGUUCUAGAGGGGCUGGUUGAGGUUAAUGUCCAGCCGGUGCCGAGAUCACUCAAACUACUGAUGGACCAAUCGACUUAUGUAGAGCUCUCUUAG